CCGAACACGCUUACGGAGCCAAUUCGACUCCGAACAUGCUUACGGAGCCAAUUCAGACAUACGCCGGCUCGCGUGAUGCAUGGUGUUGACUAGCGUAGUGAAACUUUUCGCUUCAAAACCUCCAAAAGUUGUCGUUAGUCCCGUGGCAGGAUAGCUACUGGUCUAUCUCCCCGCUCUUUCAUGUUCAAGGUGUUAACUCCCAAUAUGUUCGCAAAUUUUCAGAAGUGUUGAAAUCCAGAGGUUCUUGAAUUCCGUUGCGCCUGGAUUAAAUUCACUGGCGUUUGGAUUAUUUCGGCUGGCGUUUGGAUUAAAUUGAGUGGCGUUUGGAUUAAAUUGAGUGGCGCUUGGAUUAAAUUGAGCGGGAAAACCUGUAGUACUAGCGGACCUGUUCCUGUAGACAUGGCAGUAAACUGUUGCAAUAUAAGCUCCCCUUAAAAUUGUUAGAAUCGACUGCUUACUGCAGGCUGUGCCAUUCUGCCCCCGAACAUAAGCCGCACUAUCAAAAAAAAAAAAAAAAAAAACGCAGAACACAUUAAGACAGCCGAUUACCAAUGCUCCUUUGGCAACAUUGAGGACGCCAAACUAUUGCUGCUGCUCGCUCGCUUUGUCGUCUGCGUUUGUUUAUGCUGCUGUUACUACGGGCACUCAGUGAAUAAGCGCUACACCGAACUUAUUUUCCGUUGACUAUGACUUCACUAAGUCAUCGAGGGGUUCAACUCCUCGCCGCGGCGGUUGCGGGCUGGGGCAGCUGCCGCGCGUACGACCACUUUUCGGCCAAAGGUCAGGUGCACGCUGCCACGCUUUUGCCGAGGCCCCCUACCACCGUACCUAUCGAACCUGUUGAAGACGCAAGCCGCCAAACGCAGAUCAUGCGUUUCGGCUUUCCUGGCACCGAUUCCAUCCGCUUUCUAGACGACUAUGUCCUCUCUUACGACCGCAGGAAUAGAACUGCGCACUGGGUCUUUGAGCACCUAACGAAGGAGAAACUGUCGAAGAACGACAAAGUAGACAGGUCCAAGUGCGAAUUUCACGAAGACCUCCAAAUACACCCGUACUUUCGGUCCCUGAACUCCGACUACCACAAGAGUGGCUUUGACCGCGGCCACUUGGCGGCCGCCGGCAACCACCGGCAGUGUCAGAGCGACGUGGAUCAAACCUUUCUGCUCAGUAAUAUGGCACCCCAGGUUGGCAAAGGAUUCAACAGAGACUCCUGGAACAGACUAGAGAAACAUGUCCGAGGCCUGACAAAGCGCUACAAGAAUGUCUAUGUGUGCACUGGCCCUCUCUACUUGCCAAGGACUGAGAAUGAUGGAAAGAAGUAUGUCAAGUAUCAAGUCAUUGGUGCCAACCACGUAGCUGUGCCAACACAUUUCUUCAAAGUUGUUGUAGCAGAAACAGAAAAUGCAGAAUUUGACUUGGAAGCAUACGUCAUGCCCAAUUCUGUUAUACCCGAUGACACGCAACUUCGGUCGUUUUUGGUUCCUAUAGACACCAUUGAGAGGGCAGCAGGGCUGCUGCUUUUUGACAAGAUUGACAGAAACAAGUUUCGUCGCAUCAACAGGAAAUAAUUUGCACAUGCCUAGAUCAUGGAAAGUGCACCACCAAACGACUGCUGCCUCAGGAGGAAUCCACAGCGCUGUCACAACUUUGUGCAGCCACAAUCUUGGGUCGUAAAGCGGAGAGUGAGAUGAGGAUGGCCUCCUGCCACAAGAAACACAAGCAUUAUUAAUUGUACUUGUAUCACCACACUGCAACAAGUUGCAAAUCACUGACACAGUCAAACCUUGAUUUAACAAGCUAUUCUUAUUUCCCAAUCUUAGUUUUCGCCCAUUUUAAGCAUGUACUUGGAGCCUUAUAGUGAAAAACUAUAAAAAUGUUCGCCAAGCCAAAAGUUAUUUGCAAGCAUCCUUCGUGUGAACAGUAAAAACGCUGUUGAAGUGCAUGCAGGGAUGCAACAUGCAGGAAACACUGCUGUGCUUUUUGUCACGUUGGUAAACAACUUGCGGACGCUGUGGCUUGGAGCGCUUGAAGAAACACCAGCGCUGACUAUUCUUUCAGUACAAAGGGAGGUCUAGGAUAUACACGCCCAUCUGCCCUCUCCCCCUAUACUGUUGCCAUGGCUGCGCAUGGCCGUCCAUACGCAAGUCGCGCGCCGUAUCUUGGAGGUAAUCUGCAGCAAGUGAAAACAACGAACCAAGAUGAUAGGUGUCUUGAUGCUCAUUUGUUCCCGCACGUCAAGUGCUGGUGGUCACUUAACCUCAAGCUUCCAAGACACUGUGCAAAGAAUUCACUCGCAUUGUGAUAGCGAGUUUUCAUGGUCAUCGAGUGACAUCUGAUCACAUUUGCCAGAACGCACGUGACGCCGAUAAAACUAUGAACCUCACCUUGCGUAGUUGUCUCUUUGCUAUCACCACCAAUGCUCUGCCUUUCUGGCAAAACUGACAUUUCUUAAAAUUUCAUUUCCCAAUCUUAAUUUUACAGGGAAUGUUCUACUUUUUAUUUAUUUAUUUUUCUUUUUUUGCAAUUUAACGAAGUAAUCUAGUGAUUCCAAUUUAACUUUUGUUAAAGCAUCAGCACUGCACACGCUGGCACUCAUAACCACACUAUUAUGGCCCAAGCAUCUUAUGAUUUUUUUUUUCAUAAGUUCUUACAAGAUACUAUUCACCAGAAAUGUCCUGGGAAUUUGUGAAAUUAUUUUUUUAAUACGGCUGAAACUUGAAAACCUCAAAUUAACUAAGUCCUUCACUGCAAGUACACCCUUGUUAUAUUGAGGUUUGACUGUGGUUGCAUAUUUAAGCAGAGGCAUACAGCUCGAAAUGUACUUAUUUAAUAAAUGUAUCUUGUGCCAAA